AUGCGGCCUGUCUUCAAGCUGGAUCCGACCAACACUCUAUCAUAUGCGCCGGAUCCAACUCCGUACUGGGCCCACAAUCCAAGCUCAGCUUCUCUCGCGGACCCGCUCAAGCUUUGGCCACACGAAUACGACAGCGCAAGCGAGAAUCGCCGCUGGGAAGACGCCUUAACGUGGGAGGAUGUGCCAGGAUUCCACCGCAGCCUCAAGGAUUGCACAUCAUACGAACCUUGUGCGGUCAAUUAUGCAUUCUGUGCCAUGUAUGAUUACAUCCCGUGCUACUACGAGAAAGACACAAAGGUGCUUCUGUUCGAUGUCAACGACAGCCCGGAUGCAAGCGCUGCCCACCAGCGCAAGAAGCGGAACUUUCUUGCAGCCAUGCACUAUGCAGUGGGAUAUCCUACUCAGCACGAAAUGAAGAACAUUGGCAUCAGCUAUGGCACAUUCUCAGAGCAGGUCCGGCCGACAAUCUAUUCCCUCGCACGGCACGUGAACUUCCUCGAUCCGGCACUGCGACUGUGGGAGUACAACCACACUGAGUUCCAUCACGAGCGUGUGCUGUGGAUCAAAGAUGGUGCUCCUUUGACAAUUUGCUGCCCCAAAAAUCGCUUUCUCCAGCGGUGUGUGAGAUCAGGCAAGUACAAGGAGUACGUGCUAAAGUUUGACUAUACAAUCACCAUGUGCGGUUUCCCAAUCGAUUACAAUGGGCUCUUCAUGGGUGUCCGGCAUGAUUCGGCACAGCAUUGGUACGCGAAGGAGUUCCUAGCUCAGCUAUACCCUUUUGAAUAUGGUAUGGGUGACAAGGCGUACGUCGGAGUUCCCCACAUGUAUUGUGAGCACAAGAAGCCAACGGGCGGUGAGCUGACAUGUGAGGAGUCGAUGGACAACCUGUUCAUUCAGCACUACCGUGGACGCAAUGAGCACCUAAUUAGGGAGAUGCGUUCACGGAAGAAAUGUUUUGCAACCGCAUGGCGGGGCUCUUUUUCGCUCCUGUCCGCCAUCACACGCUUUGCCGCGCACAUGACUGGGCUUCAGGAGCGCAUGAAGGGACCGCGGUAUGACGUGUAUGGCCCCUGGCCAGUGUGUAGCGAAAACGUUUUCCGGUUGUAUGGUAAGACCGCCUAA